GCCUAAUAAACUCCUCAUUUCCUCCCCUGUAGAUGGGUCUGGUACAGUGGUUGAAGGGCCAGUUCUUGUGUCACCUGAUCAUCUGCUAUGGGUUCUUGGUCAGCGGUCUCCUGAUCAACCUAUUACAGAUCUGCACUCUGCCCCUCUGGCCAAUCAACAAGCAGCUGGCGAGGCGGAUCAACUGUAAACUGGGAUAUUCCCUCACCAGCCAGUCUGUGGCUCUCCUAGAGUGGUGGUCUGGCACUGAAGUAACUUUCUACACAGACCCAGCAGACUACCAAAUCUAUGGCAAAGAGAACGCCAUCAUCGUCCUUAACCACAACUUUGAAAUAGACUUUCUGUGUGGCUGGACCUUCUGUGACAGAUUUGGGGUCCUUGGGGCCUCCAAAUGUUUAGCCAAGAAAGAGUUGUCGUACCUGCCUGUGAUUGGCUGGAUGUGGUACUUCCUGGAAAUGGUGUUCAUUAAGAGGAAGUGGGAGGAGGAUAAGAGGAGCUUUGUCCAGAGUCUUCAGAACCUACGGGAUUACCCCAAGAACUUCUGGUUCCUGCUACACUGUGAGGGAACACGCUUCACAGAGGAGAAGCAUCAGAUCAGUAUGGAGGUGGCAGAGAAGAAAGGCCUGCCUAAACUCAAACACCACCUCCUGCCCAGGACCAAGGGCUUCUGGGUAGCCGUCCAGAACCUCCGAGGGACAGUUGCUGCGGUCUACUGUUGUACACUAAAUUUCAGAAACAACGAAACACCAACCUUGCUGGGAGUUAUCAACGGGAAAAAAUAUCAUCCAGAUUUAUACAUAAGGAGAAUCCCUCUGGAGUCCGUACCAGAAGAUGAAGCUGAAUGUUCUUCCUGGCUUCACAAACUCUACCAGGAGAAGGACCAGUUCCAGGAGGACUACAGCCACACCGGGUGUUUCCCUGGCCCUGUAGUCACCCCUCUGCGUGGACCCUGGGCCCUGAUCAACUGGAUAGGCUGGACCUGCCUUCUCCUAUACCCCCUCUACCUCCUCCUGGUCCAGCUGGUCCUCUCUGGGUCUAUUCUCACCAUACUGGCCACUGUGGCCUUCUGCUCUGCAGUGUCGGUUGGUGUGCGCUGGAUGAUUGGACAGACUGAGAUUAAGAGAAGCUCCAGCUAUGGAGUCCCACUUAACUGAGAUGGCCUUACAACUGCAAGAUCCUUCCCAGCUCCCAGGGACCACACACAUUACCAAUCUCAUACCUACAGCACAGUUCACCUCCAGCAGAAAAUUAAUUCCAAAGAAAGAAUGUUGCUGGUCUGAGAUGGCACUGCAUUCAACUCAAGUACGACAAGGGUGGAAGGUGCUGCAGCAGUCUUCCUCUUGCCAGUACAUGAAUAUACUGCACCGAAACACAUACCGUGCAUUAAAAGUAUUUAGACCCCAUGACCUUUUCCAGAUUACGUUACAGCCUUAUUCUAAAAUGGAUUGGGUUCUUGGUCACCUUCCUGACCAAUGCCCUUCUCCCCCGAUUGGUCAGUUUGGCUGGGCAGCCAGCUCUAGGAAGGAAGAGUCUUGGUGGUUCCAAACAUCCAUUUUAAGAAUGGAGGCCAAUGUGUUCUUGGUUCUUCAAUGCUGCAGAAAUGUUUUGGUACCCAACCGCAGAUUUGUGCCUCGACACAAUCCUGUCUCGGAACUCUACGGGUUUUUGCACUGUCAACUGUGGGACUUUAUAUAGACGGGUGUGCCUUUCCAAAUCAUGUCCAAUCAAUUUACCACAGGUGGACUCAAUCAAGUUGUAGAAAUAGCUCAAGGAUGAUCAAUGGAAACAGGAUGCACCUGAGCUCAAUUGAGUCUCAUGGCAAAAGUUCUGAAUCCGGUAUGUUUUCACUUUAAUUAUGGGCCAUUGAGUUUUUAUUUUAUUUCAUCCAGUUUAGAAUAAGGUAACGUAACAAUGUGGAAAAAGUCAAGGGGUCUGACUGCACUGUAGGUUCAGGGCAUCUGUCUUUGUCCUUACCAUACAUCAACAUGUAUGACUAAAGUGUGUUGUGAUGAGAAUGGACUCGAUUCAAAAUGUAUAACUUUUUUGCACAUAUGAGAUUCUGAAGUACCAGAUAAGCCCACUUCAGUUUGAUGCUGGCUUUAGUUUCAGCAGUGUGUACGUACAAACGCAGGCAGUCCCUUCUAUUAAGCUCCUGUGUAAACAUUAACAUGUUAUGUUUGAAUCUAGGACAUGACAAACUAAUCUCACACAGCAUUUCUUAACGAUUUAAUAUUGUUUGUACAUAGCAAACACUAGGAGCAGCAGAGGACCAGAAAGUGUGUGUGCAUUCAGCAGCAGGGAGUGAGAUCGGACCUUUGUCUCUCUCCUCGGUUGGAUAUGCUUCAGUUCCGUGGUUCUCCAAUCGGAACACACCUGUCUGACUCUGUCAACCAAUCAGUGCUGCCCAUAUCCUCUACAUCCCAAAUGGCACCCUCUUCCAUAUAGUGCACUAUAUUAGGGUGCCAGUUUGGACAUAAGCUUAAUCUCCAACUGUAAAAAUGGGAUCCUCAGAAAGACGAAAUAAAAACGAUUUUAAAACAAA